AACAGCGGCAGCCAGCAGGGCCAGGCCCUGUCUGCGAGUAAAUGAAUGCCAUAAUUGGGAGGGGGUUGGUGGGCUUGUGAUAAAUGAGGACUGAUGUAUGAGCACUCACACAAAGACCCUCAAGACGAGACUGAAACAAUCUGAUUCUUCACUCAAAUUCAAUCACAAAAGGGUAUCUUGGGUUUAUUGGACCGCUCGAUUGCUCCGAUUCGAUUCCAACCUUGGGCUCCAUCUCACUGCUGAAUAAUGGAUUUAAGUACAAUGGAUCGGGGCCAAUUGACGCUGCUAGGAUCUGCAUCUUGUGUGAUGCUUACAAUGCAUUUCUCAGUCCAGUUACUGUCACAACAUCUCUUUUACUGGAAGAACCCGAAGGAGCAGAAGGCUAUAAUAAUUAUUAUUCUUAUGGCUCCAAUAUAUGCAGUUGACUCAUUUGUGGGCUUAUUGGAUAUUCAGGGAAGCAAAACUUUUUUCAUGUUUUUGGACUCUAUUAAGGAGUGUUAUGAGGCUCUGGUGAUUGCUAAGUUCUUGGCUCUAAUGUAUAGUUACCUGAAGAUAUCCAUAAGCAAGAAUAUAGUGCCAGAUGAAAUCAAAGGAAGAGAAAUUCACCACUCGUUUCCUAUGACUCUUUUUCAGCCUCACACCGUUCGGCUAAACCACCAUACCCUGAAGCUACUCAAAUAUUGGACUUGGCAGUUUGUCAUCAUACGCCCAGUUUGUUCUGUCUUGAUGAUAACACUGCAAGCACUUGGACUCUACCCCAGUUGGUUGAGCUGGACAUUCACUAUCAUUCUUAAUGUUUCAGUUUCAUUAGCGUUAUACUCUCUAGUGGUGUUUUACCAUGUGUUUGCAAAGGAAUUGGCACCACAUUCCCCCCUUGCAAAGUUCCUGUGCAUCAAGGGAAUAGUCUUCUUCUGCUUUUGGCAGGGAGUGGUGAUUGACGUAUUAGCUGCUGUAGGCGUCAUUCGAUCUCAUCAUUUCUGGUUAGACGUGGAGCACAUUGAGGAAGCUAUUCAGAAUGUCUUGAUAUGUCUGGAGAUGGUGGUGUUUUCUGUUCUCCAGCAAUAUGCAUACCAUGUUGCACCUUACAGCGGAGACGUAGAAUCAAAGAUGAAAUUAAACAAGAAGAGGGAGUGAUUUGAAUAGUUUUCAUAUAAACUAUAUACAAGAGUGUGAUUUCUUUUUUCAGUUUUAGUAAAAUGUAUCACCUCUCAACAAUAAUAUGACGUGUGUUUGGACCAACUUUGAACUACUUUGAACUAUCUUCCUUAAAAGAUGAGGUGUUCAAUUGGAUCAUGCAUUUCAUACAAAUUUUUUUUUCAGGAUAA